GCUCGGCCAUGUCAAUGCUGCUGCUCAAUCAUUAUGUUGUCGACGCUCUCCUGAAUCGUACAUAUUUACUUCGCGUGUGAUUGAGACUUCUCGCCAAUCUGCAAAAACUUUCUGGACAGUGUUCAGUCUAGCCUGUAUUUUCUUGUUGUGCUAUAAAAGCGAACAAGAGUCGCACUUAUUUUGUCCCUUAACAAAAGGAACAAGUUUUAUUAACUGUUUCUGGGAUAUUAUGCGAAGAAGUGCAACAUGGCUUCAGCUGUAGUAGAUUAUCCUGUGGUGACCAAAUAUUUCGCAUUGAACACUGACCACGAUAUGCCUGCAGUUGGAUUGGGGACAUACCGCAUCCACAAACAUGACACCAUCAUGCAUGUUGUAGACGAAGCCCUGUCGGCUGGUUACAGAAUGUUUGAUACUGCUGCCGUUUACCGCAAUGAAGCAUCCCUGGGGGAAGCAUUAAAGUUAUUGCUCCCCCAACAUGGCUUGGAUCGUGAUGACAUAUUUGUCACUACCAAACUCUCACCAGCUGAUCAUGGAGAUAAAGAUAUAGUCAAAAAAGCGUACCAAGCAUCAUUACAAAAAUUGGACAUAGAUUUUAUCGACUUAUAUUUGAUGCAUUUCCCUGGCACUGCUAGAUUGCAAAUUGGGGAUCCUAAGAAUACUGAAAUGCGGCUUAAAACCUGGGCCAGCAUGGUUGAUCUUUAUGACGACGGAUGCGUGAAUGCCAUUGGUGUCUCCAAUUUCACUGUCGCUCAUUUACAACAACUUAUGGAGGCCAAUCAUGAUGUAUAUCCUGCAGUGAAUCAGGUCGAGUGGCACCCGUUUUACUAUCAAAUGGAGUUGAUGGACUACUGUAAGAAAAAUUCAAUUGUAUUACAAGCAUAUUCUUCUUUAGGAGGAAAAUCAGUCCAAAAUGAUGAUUUACUAAACCAUCCUGCUGUUACGAAAAUAGCCACAAAGCUUGAGGUUACCAAUGCCCAAGUAUUACUAAGGUGGGCAUUGCAACAGGACGUUGCAAUCAUUCCUAAGUCUACUAACCCAGAGCAUAUUCGUCAAAAUAUUGCAUUGGAUUUCACCAUUGCCCCUGAAGAUAUGAAUAUUCUCAAUAACCUCGAAAAUGAAGUGAAAUAUGCAUGGGAUCCCAGUAAUGUCGUCUAACUACGCCGCCGCCGUAAGCGCACUAAAUCCAAAAGGUGCCGCUGAAGGCUACUUGUUACUUGCAAAGGGUCCGUCGUCAUCUCGACACACUUAACUCACCACGAAUGUGUCCACUUGGUGAAACUCAAAAUUUUAACAUUUAUCAUGUCGUCAACUCGACACGUUAAGAUUUUGAUGCGUGUCCAGUUAGUGAAACUUAAAUUAUAAACUUAUGUUUUCACCAACUCGACACGUUUUAGAAUUUAACCCGAUUUCACUGUACUUUUUGCUUGAAAUCGGGUUAAAUUCUAAAACGUGUCGAGUUGGUGAAAACAUAAAAGUGUAUAAUUUAAGUUUCAGUUAACGUGUCGAGUUGACGACAUGAUAAAUGUUAAAAUUUUGACUUUCAACAGUGGACACAUUCGUGGUGAGUUAAGUGUGUCGAGAUGACGCAUAACCCGCAAACACAUUAAUAUGUUUAAACCAAAACACACUACCAAAAUCAAAUUUCAAAUCUACACAACACUAUAGUCCCGCAACAUGAUCAUUCUGACCCCUGCUACAUGUCUGUUUAGCCAACAUUUUUAGAUAUCAGAAUUGCUUCAAAAAAUUUUGACAUUCCAAAUAAACUGGUAGUUCAGCACUCGUUACACCCAAUGGUAAUAGUGUUGUGCUCAUUAAUGUAUUUUGAACACACAUUAUAUUGAAAAUAAAUAUAAUCACUUAGUACAUAUGUUGCAGUGUCUACAAUUAUUAUAAUAUCGCUUUAAAUGUUAGAGAACAUCCAUUGAUCGUCAUAGUUGUUGUAAUUAGGGAUCUAUCAGAGAGGGAGUGGUAACGCGGUCAAGCGGUCAGUUUUGUGUUAUAAACUCUUUUGCAAAAAAUCAAAUAAGCAUAGUUUUUCAAAAAUGUUUUGAUUUAACAGAAAGGUACAUUAAUAAUUAAUUAAAACUGCAUUAUCAGUUUUCUGAAAAUCACCUCAAAAACUGUUCAAAACGCCCACGAACUUUCUACCAGGAAUAGUCCAAAACAAUGUUUAACGAGUUUCUUAGCAAAUCUGCGAAAUUCAAAUUUAGAAUACACUCUACGCGUGCUUGGCUAACCCUUUUGAUGCUAGUAACAUAUUAAAGUCAUUAAAACCCUUUGAAAUGCUCGUGAAGUCCUUAAAACCAAGAUUUCGCAUAGGUGCCCGCUUUUUUUGCAAAAGAGUGUAUUAUGUUACACAGAUGUAAUCCCACGGUACUCCACGUCGUCGUCGUCGGCGUCGUUUUCGCUCAUGAAGUUCCCUAUCCCACUGCUAGCCUAUGUGUCUCUGAAGCCUUUUACUACGACAAAAUCAUCAAAUGACACCUCCCGCUGUGGGUUAGCAGCAGUGAGGGAGUGUCAGAUUCUUACUGACUAAAAACCAUCGUGUUCCGUCGUAGGCCUUUUAUGUACCAGGGCCACGGUAACUCUUUCGAACAGUCCCGCAGCCAUGCCACUGAGGCCUGCAGCAGACACUACCGACUCCAGUUACAAUUGUGACUCCCUGUCUGGUAGAUCUUUUAACUACGUGUAGGUUUGAUUGUAAAAAUAUAUUUUUUUUGCCUAACUUUGGCAAGUUGGGGACAAGCAACAGAGCAGGUUUAGCUAAUAAUCCAAACUUUCGUAGGUAACAGAUAUUAAUUUCCCGGCACCAGUUAUAUUACAGUUAUACACACAAUAAUUUUGAAAUCCGUUUUUCAUAAUACAAACGUAAAAAAUUUGCAAGUUCAAAUAAACACUAAUGAUGCUCUCUUUGUAUGGUAGAUGCGGUGGUUUUAGUAUGAUUUUUCUAAGGUUAAAAAGAAAUUAACUUAUCUUUGUGUAUUUAUAUGUAUAGAGAGCGCCGUUUGUUAUAUUUUUAGCAACUAAAAUGCAUGAAAAAAAAACCGGCCAAGUGCGAGUCGGACUCGUGCACGAAGGGUUCCGUAAAUUACAGUUAAAUCAACCUAUCUCAAAAACUAUAAGAGAUACUUUGAUCAAACCAAAAAUCGUUGAAAGAGUUAAUUAGCAUGCAUCACCUCUAUUUUUUUUAGAAUUUUAUACCCCGUAGUUAUAAAAAUAGAGGGGGGGGGACAUACUUUUUACGACUUUGAGAGCUGAUAUCUCAAAAACCGUUCACUUUAAGAAAAAUGUUUUUUAGAAAACUUUAUAUCAUUUUAAAAGACCUUUCCAUUGAUACCCCACACGGGUAUGUACAUCGAAAAAAAAAAUUUCAUCCCUCAGUUACAUGUAUGGGGGGCCCCACCCCCAAUUCUUUUUUUUACUAUUUAGUGUCAUAUUUUUGUAGCGGUUCAUACAACACAUAUUCCCAUCAAAUUUCAUCACUGUAGUACUUAUAGUUUCCGAGUAAAUCGGCUGUGACAGACGGACAGACGGACAGACGGACAUGACGAAACUAUAAGGGUUCCGUUUUUGCCAUUUUGGCUACGGAACCCUAAAAAAAUUUUUGCCCUUUAUACUUCGAAAAAUAUCUGGACCAUCUUCGAGCUUAUAAAACUCGGCUGCCUCCAUGUGACUGAAAUUUACGUAAAUUUAAACUUUUGUUUGCUCACAAAAUAAAGGCCAAAUAAAUUACAUCAUUUUUCCUCUAAGGGAAGACCUGUAAAUACCAUGUUUUAUUGCAAAUAAAUAUAUUAGUAUUAUGAUGUAGUUAUUUGGUGCAAGUAUUUUAUAAUUUACACUGUAAGGUAAACGGGGUCAAAAUAUUCGCGAGUACUACUUUUGAAUAUUCAAGCUCCGUAUUUUAAGUUUAUCAAAGUAUAUUUUUAUUGUUAUAAGAAGUAUAGACGCGUUCAAUGCGCGCUCAUAUGUUGCAUUUUGUUAUUUUAUUAGUAAGGCACAAAAAACUGCACAUGCGAUUGUUUAGCAUUAUAGAUGUAGUUUGUGUUCAUGCUUGGCAUCUCUGGCGACUUGUUACAUAUCCAUAAACUUUAAAGAAAUAUUGAACUUGAAGUUUAUACACAGCUAAUUAGCCUGUUGAUAGAUUAAACAUUAGAGACUGUAAUUAGCUUAGAUGAAAUCAAUAUUGGACACGUAUAUAUUUUUUAUGAUUGAGAGCUUGUGACAUUACACCUACGCAAAAUAACUAGGAGUUACCUAACACAAAAUGUUUUAAAGUAUUGAUUUCUGAGAAAAAUAAUAAAAUAUGUGUCUGUUAUUUUAGAGCUAUUUUAAAGACGGACAAUUUUAAGAACAAGCAUAUCAAAUGCUUGUCCUUAAAAUGUUAAAAUUUAUUUUGCAGUACAAAACCACGUCACAGUAAGAUUUCUCUGUAUCUUUUUAAAAUGUUUAAGAACAUAAUUGAUUAUACUUCUUUAGGUAAUGUACAUUACUGCAUACCCAUAAAUAUAGUCCUUUGCAUGUUGUGAUCCUUUGCCAUCUGUUUAAAACAGUGCGGUGAUAUCGAAUAUUACCUAUAAGUAGUAUUAAUUUAUAUAAUAGAUAAAUAUAUUGGGUACUGCCCAUAUACGUUAGAACCUAAUUGAUGUACUAAAUAAAUCAUACAUAUAAAUGUUAGUAAAAAAUAAACGAUUAUAUGUGCAAAACAUGUUUUCUUAGCGACAACCCUUACUACAUACUUGUGUGUACUUAUGUCGGAAAUUACCGAGAAGUGGUUUAAGCUUAUCUCAAUGAAUGGAUGCAGUAUUUGUACGUACAGCGUGUUGAGCUGAACAGUGGGACUCUCUAUGAACACAGAGCCCAGGCUGGUGGACACAUAUUCCGCGAUCGCAAACACUAACUUCUCUUCCUUCAGGCAUUUAAUUAACAUUAACUUUUCAAAUGGUGAUAGUACCGAGUCCCAAUUCACUCGUGGUGGCAUCAAAUUGCUGGUGUCUACAUGGAUGUCC